AUGCCUAAAGACGACCAACACAUCGUCUUUCUCAACAACUACUUCAACAGUCUCGUCAAUCCCGACGUCUUGACGGAGCCAACAAAACAGACUGCGAUUAGAUGCAACGCAGCACACAUCCCACCGACAACUCCUGGUGUUGAUGGUGUCGAUUCGCAGAUUGUCGGAAGACAUAUUAGCGAAUGUCGAAGACGCGCUCGCAAUCAACCUCGAGCGGAACGUAACAAAGCAUGGCAGGUAGAUAUCCUCGAAGCCGCCUACCGCAACAGUCAUUAUCCAUCUGCGGGAGAAAGAAUGAUUCUGAUGGACGACACCAAUUUAAGCUAUCGGAAGGUCAAGAAUUGGUUCGAACAAAAGGCGAAGAUGUUGAAGAAAGCAGGCGGAGGUCCUGUCGGUCCAAAUCCCGGCAGCAACAAAUAUUCCACUAAGAUGUGGAAAGCAUAUUUUGCAGAUACUGUUGGAUAUGUCCAGAAGUUGAGGAACGGCGAGAUCGAUUUGGUGACUGGUGCUGCCAUUGGUCAAGCAGUAAACAACUUGCCUAAUGGUACAGUAAGUGGCUCCACGAAUAUUGCGAACAAAAAUUCCGAUCUAGGAUCCUUGGCACCUGGCGCGAACAUCGGUCCCGCGCCUUUUUAUCGUCCUGAACAUCAAUAUGGUCAAGGUGAUCUUCCAGAAUUGCAAUCACAGUCGUACAAUGAGAUGAGCCAACAUGGGCAAUACGACUACUCGAAUAUGCAGGCACCCCCGCAAAACCAGGUGCCUCAACAAGCACAAUAUGGGCCCCAGCUAAUGUCAAUAUAUGCUCAGUCCCAAGAUCCAGUGUACUCAAUGCCGCCAACCCAAUCAAUGAACUCGGGAAUUAGUAGUUACGCAGCGGGGCGGAGCUACGAAGUGAGCAGAGUUCAGCCGGCCCCUCUACAGACAGAUCAUCCAAGAGCACAUACCGCCGACACCAUUUCUCAAGGUGCAGCACCAGCGUUAUUCAACGGCAUUAAGCAGGGUGUGCCGGACCAAUUCAACUAUAGCAUGCCUGCAAAUUCCCAGUCUGGCAUUCAAUACGAUCCAUUUGCUGAUCAGGAUAAUGGCGAACCUGAGUAUCAGGAACCUAGUGAGAAUGCAUAUGAGAAUUCUUAUCCUCCAGUUCCUCGAUAUCAUGCUGGAAACCAUAUGCCAGCAAAUUCGCAGAUCCCAGGAACUCCGAUGGGGCAAUCAUUUGAUGGAUACCUCGCCCAGUCUAAUGAUCCUGCCCGAAAGAGAAAGUCGACCUUUGAUGACGACGAACUCAAUCAGGGCUCAUCUGCCUCCCAUUUGAGAAAGCGACCUUGUCAAAUGUCUGAUUCUCGAUUUUUCGCUCCAUCUGCUAGAGGAAGUUUUGGUGCAGCUGCAGGUAAAAUGGAAGAUACCAGAGAGCCAGCUAAAAGAUCAAAGCCUGUGAGACCGGUUCCAAGGAUUCGUCGACUACCAAUGCCCGGUCAGUCCCCCAAUAGAAGAAUAUCCUGGAGUGGGACUGAUGUCUCCAUGAAUUCAUCUUUCGACCACAGUGGUCCAAAAUGGACUCCUCCUCCACCCUCAAGGCUAAAUAUUAGCCAUAGCAAUCCUUACGAGGGAAACAAAGCUGAAGUAGGAGCAACAUCUCCUAAUAUCCGAACUCCCAAUAUCCGAACUCCUGAUGUCCGAGAUCCGGACUUCGAGGCACAACUUCCCGACCUUCCCCUUUUCAGUUCUGCGCAAGAUAGUCGCAACAAUGGUAUGGAGCAGAAUUUUGGACAGUCCCUUGCUCCCUCAGAGUCGCCUAUGCCAGAAAGUGCGGAAAACAUGGCGCAGGGCGUAGCGGAUACACAACAGCAUGCAACGACUAUCACUACGAAUCCUGCAGCAGCACAAUAUGAUGCAGCUCCUCACGCAGGCGCUCCUAGUCCCGGAACUCAUAAUACAUCUGGGAGCUUACAUGGGAAUUGGGAAGCCGAUUGGGAAGUCCAACCACAACAGGAUCCUGCCUUCCUACAAGUAGAGGCUCAAGAGCUUGAGCCACCGGCUCAAACACCUCUAGAGGAUAUUGCAGAUGCACAAGGCACAGAGAACUUCGAGUACAUGCUUCCUGCGCCAGACAUGAAUGCCCUAGAGCAGAUAUUUCUGCACAAUGGAGAGUUCGAUUUCUCGGCUUUCCUGGGCAACGACGGCCUUUUCGAGGAUUGGGAUCCACCCAAUCUCGAUGGCGACAAUUGA